AUGGCCGACACUCUCCUUACAGUGACCCCGCAGAUGGCCACUGGUGCCAAGCGCCGAGAGGAGCCGCUCCAUGGGCAUGGGCAGAAGGACAGAGCAUUUUCAGACCCACAGCAGUCCUUGCAGGAGGCGCUCUCCAUGCUGGGCAGCGAUGACUGGGAACUGAAGAAGAAGGGACUCUUCAACAUCACACGCCUGGCUGAGUCCCAUGCAGAAGUCCUGCUUUGUCGACUUCGUGAGAUUUGCUUGGCAGUUACCAGCGAGGUGACCAACCUCCAGUCCAAGGCGUCCUGCUCUGCAAUCGUCACUCUGGGAGAGCUCUUUGGAAUCUUGAAGAAGGACAUGGACUCCGAGGCUGAUGAGGUUGCUGGGGUCCUUCUCCCCAUGUUGUGGAACUCCCCAGAGUUUAUUCAGAAGGCAGCCUGUCAGAGCCUGGGGAUGAUAGUAGAGAACGUGACUCCUGCACAAGCAAUGACUGCUCUCAUGGAUAGGGGAGUCAAGGGCCGCUAUGUCCAGGGGAUGGAAAACCAGAAGGCUGAAUGCCCAUCUGUCAAGGAGCCAGUGAAGGAGAGGAACGAUGGCUCAAAGGAGUCCCAGUCCCCAUUGCCUUCUAGCAAACGAUACAGAGCACUUUUGUCAGAUAUUUUUGAUUAUUUUGUCCUGAGAAUAAAUGACACCCACAAGAGAGUGAAGGAGAAGGCGCUGGACGUGCUGGCAGAAAUCACAGGACUCCUGGAAGAUGCCCUGAACCCAGUGAUGAACUGUUUGGUGGAAGGGAUAACAAGGAACCUGAAUGCAAAGGAUCCCAGGGUUCAUGCCACAGCUGUGAAGGCACUGAACAAAUCUGUUGCUCAUUUAGUGCUUGUGGAAUGGGUUUAUGCCAGGAGCCCUGAAGUGGUGCAGCGCUACGCCCUGCCCGUGCUCUGGUCCUGCCUGGAGAACAAGGUGCUGCUGGUGCGAAGUGCCAACGUCUGCGCUGUGGUCAAGCUGGCCUGUGCCCUCUGCGAGGUGAUGGGCACCCAGCUGAUCAAGUGUGCUGACAGCAAGCCUCCACAUGUGCAGGAAAACCUCUCCAGCCUUUUGGGCUGGUGA